GAAGCCGACGAGAUGCUGGAGGCGGCCGGGCCGGACCCGGAGCUAGACCCGGAGGACCUGGUGCACUUCUCGGUGGGCGACUUGCCCAGCCGCGGCUACGGGGUGAUGGGCGAGAUCAGGAGGCAGGGGAAGCUGUGCGACGUGACCCUCAAGGUGGGAGACCACAAAUUCAGCGCCCAUCGCAUCGUCCUGGCGGCCUCCAUUCCUUACUUCCACGCCAUGUUCACAAACGAUAUGAUGGAAUGCAAGCAGGAUGAAAUCGUCAUGCAGGGCAUGGAUCCAAGCGCCCUGGAAGCUCUGAUCAAUUUCGCCUACAAUGGGCACUUAGCCAUUGACCAGCAAAAUGUCCAGUCUCUCUUGAUGGGUGCCAGUUUCCUGCAGCUGCAGAACAUCAAGGAUGCCUGUUGCUCCUUCCUCAAAGAGAGGCUUCACCCCAAAAACUGCCUGGGCGUGCGCCAGUUUGCGGAGACCAUGAUGUGCGCUGUCCUGUACGACGCAGCCAACAGCUUCGUCCACCAGCACUUUGUGGAGGUCUCCAUGUCCGAGGAGUUCUUGGCUCUGCCUUACGAAGACGUCCUGGAGCUGACCUCCAGGGAUGAACUCCACGUGAAGUUGGAGGAGCAGGUCUACGAAGCCGCCCUGUCCUGGGUCAGGUACGACCUGGAGCAGCGGGAAGCCUGCUUGCCGGACCUCCUGUCCAGAAUCCGUCUGCCCCUCUGCCGGCCGCAGUUCCUGACCGACCGCGUGCAGCAGGAUGACCUCAUCCGCAGCUGCCACAAGUGCAGGUGGACCAGGAGGGGGGACGGGGGUGCAAUGGGAACUGUAGUCCUAGACGGACAGAUCUAUGUUUGUGGGGGCUACGACGGCACCUCCUCCCUGAACUCGGUGGAGGCCUAUUCGCCCGAGACAGACAAGUGGACGGUGGUGACACCUAUGAGCUCCAAUCGCAGCGCGGCCGGCGUCACCGUCUUCGAAGGCCGCAUCUUCGUCUCCGGCGGACACGACGGCUUGCAAAUCUUCAAUAGCGUGGAAUACUACAAUCCCCACACUGCCUCGUGGCACAGCGUGGCCAGCAUGGCGAACAAGCGUUGCCGGCACGGGGCGGCCUCCCUGGGCAGCAAGCUCUUCACCUGCGGCGGCUACGACGGCUCGGCCUUCCUCAGUGUGGCCGAGGUCUACAACUCGGCCUCCGACCAGUGGUACCUCCUGGUGCCCAUGAACACCAGGCGCAGCCGCGUCUCCCUGGUGGCCACCUGCGGCCGCCUGUACGCCGUGGGCGGCUACGACGGACAGUCCAACCUCAGCUCGGUAGAAGUGUACAACCCGGAAAGCAACCGCUGGACGUUCGUGGCGCCCAUGGUGUGCCACGAGGGAGGGGUGGGGGUGGGCUGCGUCCCACUGAUGGCCAUUUGAAGGGACCGCCCGGGGGCACCAUGUGCAUUGCAUGCGAGCCGUAGGAGGGGCGGGACGAGCUGAGGGACCACACCGGCCCGGCCGACGGGGUGCAUCAUUUCAAGGUGUGCUUGAGGUGUGGCCCCCUUCUCCCCCCCCCCCACUCCUCGGCUGUCAACUGGGGGGGGGGAUUCUUGUGGUCAAUCCAAAGAGUUGUUGGGGGUGGGGUGAUAAAGGAAAGCUGCUGGCCCUUCUCUCGGCCAAAUGUUGUGUUUGUUUCCUCCGGCUUUGCGGUGAUGUGGGAGGGAGGAGUGGUGGGUGAGAAAAGAUGGGGAGGAGGAGAAGAAAGGACAUAAGUAUUACUGUUAAUGCUGAUCAAUUCAAUCUUUUCUCCUCCUUCCUCCUUUUCCCUCCACCUUCUUCUUCUCCCUCCUCCUUCCCUUUCUCUUUCUUC